AUUAUAUGACAUUCAAAAGAUUAAAUUUGAUGUAUUUCAAGCAAACUGGUUAAAUGAUAAACGAUCAAUCUUAGAUCACACACAAUUGCAUAUACUAUCAUGUUUGGUUGUGCUUAAAGUUUUGUUUAAUCCUAAGAAUUCAUUAGAUUUGUUGAACAAGUAA